ACUGAGGUGGGCAACCCCAAACCCAAAAUUCGAAUUUUGAUUUUGGAUUUCCUCAUUGACUUUUAGUCUUUUACCUUUGUAUCAUUACCAUCUAAUAGAUUGUUUUGGAGCCUCAAUCCAACAACAAUCGGGUUGUAUUUAGGUCAAUUUUAUGAUUGCUCCAGUUAAAACGCAAAUAGCUUAUACAAAAUUAUCAAAGUUUGUCUAAUAAGACCACCAAUGACAAGUUUUUAAGUCACCUUUAAUCAAAGAUUUUGAAAAAGGAUUCUUAUACAUUUGGUAAAGGUUUUCGCAAAUAAACAAGGAGUUGAGUGGCUCCACUUCCACACACGUUGCGUGACAACAAAAUAUAGAACACAACUCAGAACCCAUUUCCAGAGUCCUCUGGGUUUCCAAUUCAGUCUGCACAGUGGUGGCAAUGUUGAAUCAAGUAUUUGCAUUUGCUCUUCUCUUCAUCUUCUUCACAAUCUUGCUCAUCAAAUGGAUUCACAGUACAAGAAGAACACCCCACAAAAACCUGCCUCCUUGUCCCCCAAGGCUCCCCAUACUAAGCAACCUCCACCAAUUGGACAUGCACCCUCGCUGAUCCCUGCAACAGCUAGCUAAGCGCCAUGGUGAGCUCAUGCUGCUUCAUCUUGGCAUCAGACCAGUGCUCAUAGUUCCGCCUGCGGAUGCAGCUGGUGAGAUCAUGAAAACAAAUGAUACAAUUUUCUCCAACAGACCCAAGUUGGCAAUUUCUGAUAGGCUUCUCUAUGAAGGGAAAGAUGUGUCUACAGCUCCUCAUGGUGAGCAUUGGAGAAGAAUGAGAAGCAUCUGUGUGCUUCAGCUUUUAAGUAACAAAAGGGUUCAGUCUUUUAGAAGUGUUAGAGAAGAAGAGCUGGGCUUGCUGGUUGAUAAUGUGAAGCAGCCUUGUUUGUUGUCAUUGCCUGUGAAUUUGAGAUGUUUGCUGGUGGAACUGAUACAACUAUACACAGUUCUAGAGUGGGUAAUGAACCGACUCUUAAGGCAUCCCAGUGUGUUGAAAAAAGUUCAAAAUGAGAUUAUGGGAAUUGCCAAUAGGAAACCAGAAAUAGCAGAAAUUGACUUAGAUCAAAUGCACUACUUAAAUGCAGUGAUCAAGGAGACGCUUCGGCUAUAUCCUCCAAUACCUUUACUGGCUCCCCGAGAAUCAACCAAAGAUGUGAAGAUAAAGGGCUAUGACAUAGCAGCAAGAACCAUGGUCCUUGUCAAUGCCUGGACAAUUGGUAGAGAUCCCUCACUGUGGGAUGAACCGGAGAGGUUCUUGAACUUUGCUGUGGAUUUCAAAGGACAUGACUUGCAGUUAAUCCCAUUUGGAGUUGGCAGGAGGGGCUGUCAAGGCCAAAUGUUUGCCAUGACCACUAUUGAGCUUGUGUUGGCAAAUCUUGCGCGCAAGUUUGACUGGGCAUUGCCUUGUGGAGCAAGAGCUGAGGACAUGAACGUGACAGAAUGCAGAGUCUUGUGAUCCACAGACAAGUUCCUCUUCUUGCUGUGCCAAAGCUUAGGCCUUUUUAAAAUUUCUUUG